AUAAAAUAGUAAAUACAGUAAUCUUGGUCAGUGGUGCGCCGAAAAAGAUACAGUGCUGCCUGUUGCAGAAAACAAUAACAAACACUUCGAUUGGCCGCAGGAUAUUACCCGAAUCCCCCGAAAUAGAAACGGUCCGACGGAGGAUGGAAAAUAUUCUGCUAAAGGAAGCAAUAAUCAUGGCCAACAGCAAUAAUAUGUGUCGUUUGUGCUUAUCGGCCAAUGGGAUUACCGAGCCUAUUUGCUACGACCAGCGUGACCAAUUCUUGCUGCAGAAAAUCUACGAGUGUACUACGCUGCAAAUUUCUCCUCUGAAUGGCAUUCCCUCAUCAUUGUGCACCAUCUGUAAGGCGCGUCUGGACGAGUUCUAUCAGUUCCGCUGGCAGUGCAUAAAAAACGAUGAAAUAAUUCGCAGAAUAGCCGACAACUUCCCGAAGCAACAGCAACAGCCAUCACCACCACAACCGGCAACCCCGGAAAUCGGUCAUCAUAAUCCCAAGCAAGAGAUAGUCGAAACUAAUGCUGCUAGUGGCGAACCACAGCUACAAUCGGUGGACGAUUCUUCCGAGUUUAGCACUAACAGAAGGUCUGAGACACCUGGUAGGUAUCCGCAACCGGAGCACGUAUCUCCAGGACGUUCUGAUCCGACCACCUACGGAAUUAACCAACAUAAUCACAAUCAUCAUAAUCAAUACAACGUUGGCGGUACAACUUCUUCCAACGUUACUUCCGUCGAGGGUGUCCAUCCGGUGAACUUUCCUCCGGAUGCUAAAUAUCCAGUACCCCAAACUGCGGUACAUCAGUUCCAAUUUACGGAUUUUCGGAGGAAGCGUGGCCGUCCUCCCAAGCAGAAAUACGAUCAAUAUCACCACCCUGUCGUGAAAUACGGCGAGAAUUCUAUUGACGAUAUCAAAACGCAACAUUCGUUGGAUUGUUCAGACUCCAGCAACACGAUGAUCGAUGAACCUGAAACCAUACUUGCUUACAGCGAUAGUUCUAGGGGUGGAGCUGGAGAGUAUCAACAGCCGAUAGUUUACGGUGGAUGGCCUUCACAACCGAAAAUUAAACUUGAACAAUCGGACCAACAAACUACUCGGUACGAUGAGCAGCAUUCGGAGCACAAUUCCACCGAAGAUCGCCAAGAGCAUGAACACGAAGAGUACUUGAAACAUUUAUCCAACAAUACAACACAGACCGUAAUGACGCCGGAAGGCUACGUGAAACGCAGCCGUGGUCGACCACCACGGGAGGGAGGUUGUCCGAAUCAGGAUCGAACCGAAUACCGCUUCCAGUGCCAAUACUGCGAUGCCAGAUUCAAGGCAGCCAUCAAUUUAAAAUUGCAUACCAACACACAUACUGGGGAGCGACCAUACAAAUGCCAAUUAUGCGACAAAUCGUUUGCUCAUCCUAGCAAUUUAAGCGUUCAUUCUAAGCUGCACUCACAAGGACGGGUUAAACGAGAUGGUGGCCCAUCCGAAAAAAAGUUUCAAUGUCCCUACUGUCACACACUGUUCGCCCUAGCGUUUCAGUUGAAAAUCCAUAUCAACACUCAUACCGGUCAAAAACCUUACGUUUGUAAAAACUGUGGUAAAGGAUUUGCCCAACCGAGCAAUUUGCAUGUUCACGUGAAAAAACAUUGCCAUAAACGAACCGAGUACGAAACGAUGAUCGUAGGUCAGCCAGCAACUCAACAGCAAGAAUCACUGACGCCGGACUCUUCAAUAGCGACGCAACCAAGCUAUCAUGCGCUACCGCUACACCAUCAACAUACUUUACCGCCCAGAACGGCACAUCAACAACAGCACUCUCCGCAUCUUGCUCCAGAAGCAGCAACCAUCUCUGGUCACAUUCUACCGUCACAUCAUCCUCAACACCUGGUGGCUGCACCGGGACCUUCGACGACGCUCGAACAUCCCCAACAACAGCAACAUGAUACUCCGCCAGCCAGCUCCGCUCAAUCGCUUUCACUGGCAAUACCGUCGGUUAUGUUGGUUUAGUGUGAACGAACGUAUUCUUGAAUAAUUGCAAUAGAUAAGUACUAAUUACCUGUAAAUAGUUCUGUCAUGGUAUGACCAUUACUACUGAUCAUUUUAUUGUAAAAUUUUUAUGUUUUGUUUAGUUUCUAUGUGGAGAGAAUAAUUGUUCACGUACUAUUGCAGCUAGA